AUGGCUCUCCCUUCCUUUUUAAUGAUAUUGUUUCUUGCAUGUCUCUUGCUGUUCUCUACCUGCAAAGCAUCUUCUCGCGAUUUCUCUAUUGUGGGUUAUUCCCCGGAUGAUUUGAAGAGCAUUGAUAGUCUCAUUUCUCUCUUCGAAUCAUGGAUUGAGAAACACAGUAAGAAUUAUGAAAGCAUUGAAGAGAAGUUGCACAGGUUCGAGAUUUUCAAAGACAACCUUAAACACAUCGACGAGAGGAAUAAGAACAUCCAUAACUACUGGCUCGGUUUGAACGAGUUUACAGAUUUGAGUCAUGAAGAGUUUAAGAAUAUGUAUCUUGGGCUCAAGACUGAUUCAUUGCCUCAGCGAAAUGAGUCCCGUGAACAGUUCAAGUACAGAGAUUUCAUGGAUUUGCCCGUAUCCGUCGACUGGAGAAAGGAAGGGGCAGUAACACGUGUCAAGAACCAAGGUUCAUGUGGCAGCUGCUGGGCAUUUUCGACAGUAGCUGCAAUUGAGGGCAUAAACCAAAUUGUAACAGGAGAUUUAACUGAAUUGUCUGAACAAGAGUUGAUUGACUGUGACACUACAUAUAACAAUGGCUGCAGUGGAGGUUUAAUGGAUUAUGCAUUUGCCUUUGUUGUUUCUAGUGGAGGGCUCCAUAUGGAAGAAGACUAUCCCUAUCUGAUGGAAGAAGGAACAUGUGAAAAGAAUAGGGAUGAAUCAGAAGUGGUCACAAUUAGUGGUUACCAUGAUGUACCGAGGAACGAUGAACAAAGUCUAUUGAAAGCACUUGCAAACCAGCCUGUGAGCUUGGCCAUUGAGGCUUCUGGUAGAGAUUUUCAAUUCUACAAAGGGGGUGUAUUUGAUGGGCACUGUGGAACUGAGCUUGAUCACGGAGUGGCAGCCGUUGGAUAUGGAUCAACAAAUAGUCUGGAUUACAUUAUAGUAAAGAACUCAUGGGGACCAAAAUGGGGAGAGAAAGGGUACAUAAGGAUGAAGAGAAACACCGGGAAGUCUGAAGGGCUUUGUGGCAUCAACAAAAUAGCCUCCUUUCCCACCAAAACUAUGUAA